UUAACAGCUCGUUUUUAUGAACAGCACUUACAAACAGAAUGCAACGCCUUUAGAGCCAUUGAAAACUACAGCAUGGCUAUAAAGAAGGCCUGAUGUCCUCAGUGUUCAGUCUGAGUCUGGACCAGGAGCUCAUCAUGACUAACGGAGUGAAUGGAGGACUCGGUGGUCUGCUGGCAGAGAGGUCAAGUGGAGCUCCGAGGAGGAGAUUCAAAAGAUACACAACAGGAACUUACAUCGGACUUAUUGCUUGCGCAAUUCAAGGUUCACCAGACAAAAUGCUCACGUUCAAACAGAUAAUGAAAAAGCUGGAACCAUUUGUCUUCGGGGACAAAAGGGGAAUUGAGAACAACAUCAGAGUAUGUCUUUCAUCAAACAGGUGUUUUGAAAAGGUGCCAUUCGAUCCGAAUUAUCCAAAUCCUAAAAAGAACUUCUGGAAAGUGAAUGAAAAUGGCAUUACUCCAAAAAUGUUUCGCCGGCAUUUCAAAUAUCUAAUCAACAUAUUCCCUGGCCUGUCGAUUCCGACACAAGCGGUGGAUGAGUGUAAAGACAAUUCUCAUGCUCCUGAGCCCCUUGCCUGCAAGGUCGCAGAAAGCAAAAGUGUAGGCAAAUUUACAGGCCCCUUUUCCAUAGAUUCAUUAUUGAAGAGCGACCGUGAAGUGAAGCGCAUGCGCAGCACGAGUUUGGAGGAACGUGUGCACUACGGAGACGCACAGCGUGGUACGGCCAAGAGAAAAAAUGUUUAUGAAUAUGAAGCAGUGGAGUGUUAUAACCCUGUUUCAGUUGUAGGACGUGAACUAGCCUCAGCGAAAAUACCUCUUCUAUCUUCUGGACCUCAGCACGGACACUCUCUGCCUCCACAUAUCACAUAUAAUCACCAUGUUCUCUUCAGCUCUCCGUUAAUGUAUAGGCCUACUAGAUAUGUCAGCUGGUGAACAGCCAGAGUGACCACAUGUAGCCAAAUGGGAAGAAAUUGCACUUUAUUUUUGUUUUGUUUUUGCUUUUUAAUAAACCAAUCCAUUUCA